GAUGGCCACUAUUGCGGCUACCAACCACCUUCUAGGGAUGACACAAAACCGAUAUGUCACAUCGAAUUUCUAACAAAGAUAAAGACGGUCUUAAUCAUUCAUAUAUUUAAGAAGUUUUGUACCAAACAAAAGCAGCGAAAAAAGUGUAAAGGCGACGAAGAUAAGCGCGAACUGCACCGGCCAAAGACCCCGAAAGGUUUGCUCACCCAAGGCGCAGGAAAGUGUGUGUGUGAGUGCGUGGGAGCAGGCGGCAGGUCAAUCGACAGGGGCAAGAAAAUCUUUUUUGCAAUAGUCGCUGUAGAAAAAAGUAAAAGAAAUUGUGAGAGUGAGCCUCGCUGUCUCGACGCCCAGACAUGUCUUCAACUCCAGCAGCGGCCGGAGCCGCAGAAGUGGCAACCUCCAGCGCCAGCUCUAAUUCCAGCGCCUCCAGCACAGCCAGCACUGCCAACAGUCAACCCACAUCCACCGGAACAGCGCCGGCCCGCGGUGGAAGAGGCGCCAAUGCCAACGGGGGCGCCUCGGGCAGUAACUCCGGGGGCAGCGACGAGCCACGCAAAGAUGCCAAGCCGACGCCUCGGAUAUCGAAGGCGCUGGGCACCUCGGCCAAGCGCAUACAGAAGGAGCUGGCCGAGAUCACAUUGGACCCCCCACCGAACUGCAGUGCUGGCCCGAAGGGGGAUAACUUGUACGAAUGGGUGUCCACUAUCCUAGGUCCGCCGGGGUCCGUGUACGAAGGCGGCGUCUUCUUCCUCGACAUACACUUCUCGCCGGAGUACCCGUUCAAGCCGCCCAAAGUCACAUUUCGCACACGCAUCUAUCACUGCAAUAUCAAUAGUCAAGGCGUCAUAUGUCUGGACAUACUGAAGGACAACUGGUCGCCGGCGUUGACCAUAUCCAAGGUGUUGCUGUCAAUUUGUUCCCUGCUUACAGACUGUAAUCCAGCUGAUCCACUGGUGGGCAGCAUUGCCACGCAAUACUUGCAGAAUCGAGAAGAGCACGAUCGAAUUGCGCGUCUCUGGACAAAGCGGUACGCAACAUGAUGCGUAAGUUUUUGCAAAACACUUGUACCACAAACCGAAAAUUGCAACCACAAAAACGAAAAUUCGCAUCUUGAUAAGGAGAAAGUCUAUUUUAUAAAUAUAUAUUAAACUAUGCUAAACACUAAAAUUAAAUUAACAGUAACAGUAACUCAAACAGUAACCGCCAACAGCCAGAAAUAGUCGAUUCCUUUGAGCCUACAAGUUGUAAAAACAUUUUGAGUUUUCUCAUGUUGUAUUUUUCUGAACUAUAUGUUUUUAGGUCGCUUAGCAAACGAACACACAAAAUGAAGCAAAAACAUAAAUUUCAUCCAAAAUACACACUGCACUGUCAUAUUCAACUGCAUAAAUAUAAAUACAAUUAGUCUACUUUAUAUGUGUACAGUGUUAAGUGAAAGGGAGCUAAAUACAAGUAAUAGGAGAGCGUAUUUUAAAGCAUAAUACCUAUGGGAAAAAUCAAAUUCAGGUCAGCAAAUUCAGUAGCCUCUUUAAAUCGCAAAACGGCCGCAACAUGGAAAUUCUCAACGAUAAAAGACUUAAAAACAAAAACAAAACGAUCAUGUAUACAAAAUUUAAGACAACUUUUCCAAAUUCCAAAAGAAAAUAAUCAAAUUUUUGUUAUUUAUAUGAAAACUCUAUUCGGUUUAAUUUUUAAUGUGAUAUUUGUAAGCGUAUUAUAUUUGUUCUUUGGCCAACUGUUUUCCAGUAAUCUGAGAGACUUAACACUAUUUUUUGAGCUGCCGCGACAACUGUAACUUCUGCGCGGUACUUUAAACUUAAAACAAAAGCGAGAUCGAGCAUAAUUAGCGUCAGCAGCUGAUUUAUAUAGCAACAAGAAAACGAAAACGAGAAAUAUAUAGAAACAGACAAACCAACUUCCUAUUAUUUUGUAGUUUUAAUGACCAACCAGUCGAGUCGAAGAAUCAAUGAGAAAAACUGAACAUUAAAAUAUAACAAUAAAUUAAAGUGUAAGUUUCUUGCGUAAAUACAACAGCAAACAAAACGACAAUGAGAAACCCAAUAAAAACAGAAUAAAGGAAAAUAUAUGGAAAAGUGAA